GCCAAAUUCCUUUUCAAGUUGUUCAGCUUGGUUUACCCCAAAUUCAAUUUCCUUUUCAAAGGUUUCCCUUGAAAUUUGAUUUUAUUGUGGGGUUGUUGAUCCAGAACUGUUAACAUGCUUGGUGUUGAGAAAGCUUAUCUUUUGGCUGAUGAUGCAGGCAAAGGCUGCAAUGCAAGCAGGAUUGAGAAAAGGAAAUGCGAGCGAAAGGUCUGCAUUGGGCAUGAUAGGUAUUUCUGCUCAGGAAAGUCAAAGAGGAGACGAAAUGGCUAACAGCUCUGAUUCUUCUAGAGAUUCACUUGAAUAUUUUGAUGCUCAAAGAGCAUUUCCAAGAUCACGUCAAGCAAGCCACAAUGAUGAAAGGGCAAAGAUAGCAUCAUCAUCUGCCCCACUGUCAAUGUUGCUUAUUCCUUCCUUAAAAGACGCCCUUGCUGAUGAAUCGAAAGGGUUAGUUGUGCGUGCAGUUACAAAUUCUCUUGUGAAUAUGGAGCAUAAAAACCCUGGAUCUUGUGAAGCUCUUGUUUGCAAGUUGCUUGAGAGAUUGGCAAGUUCAAAAGGAUCUUCGUUGGAAGAAAUGCAAGAGAUGGCGACUUGCAUGUUCAUUAAGGGCAAGACAACAUCCAAAGAGACACAAAACAUGACUGCAGAAGCUGAAAAUAGGAGAAGGCAACAACAGAAGCAACUUCAUACAAACUCCAACAUUAGCUCGCUUGCAAGAUUUCUACUUUCGAGAUGGCAAAGCCAAGUUUCAAAUAAUAUCAAUCCAGCAUAAGGAGGAAGAAGGGGUGGAAAUGAUUACAUUACAUCCUUAUUUUGUAGUGUGCUUUCUAGUUUUUUGCAUCUAUUCCGCUUCAAUGUACAUAGCAUUGUAAGAAAAUGGUGUAUUUAUCAUCCAUUAUUCAUUCUUUUUCUGUUUUAAAGUUUUGUUUUGCAAUUUAAUGUAUAAUUAGGUUUUUGGUAAUAUACAUUACAGAUGUAA